AUGGCCACGGAGCCACACCCUUCCUGCCGCAACACCGCCCUACAGCUUCGCGCCAGCUCUCAGGGACAGACUCACGAGUUUGUGUCUGCUGUGCCCACAGUUAGCAUCGGCCCCUUUCGGCAUUUCCUGUACACACCGAUAACUCCCCACUCCUCCCCCCCCCGACUGCACCCUUUGGUUGUGCGCCCUAAUCCGGUCUGCAGGCUACCAGAGAACGGCCGACGCAACGACGCCAGACAGCCGCGCCAGCCUCUUCCCUUUGACAGCCACCACGCUCGUGAGUUUACACUCCUCAGGGCUUAUCCACGUCUCCCCGACGCCGACUUCCCCCCAUGCCACGAGUCCCCCUCGGUGGCCCCAACUCCCCGCCUGGCCUGCCAGCCUUGUCCCGCUGGUCACUCCACUCUGCUCUUUAUCCGCGCCCUGAUAUGUACAACUCCGUCUCGCUCCCUACCUGGGAACCGCCCGCCUGUUGGCCCCCAUCAGUCCGCUGCACACCCGAUCGCACCACCCUUUGCCCCUGAGUGGCCCACAACAGCCUUGUGCGAGGUUGGGUCUGACCCGCUUCGUACGCUAAGCCGCCUGCCGAGUCAAUCCUCAGUCCGCCGACACGUCUGUGCCAUCUGCGCAUCUGCUAUGCCAGCCCGCCCCCCUACGAAUCCGCUCGUCUCAUCUCUAUGA